CUGGCGUCCGCGCUGCGCGCCUCCCUUCCCGUGUAGUCCCCUCCAACCCCCCAGCGCGGAGUCGUAGUCCCUGCACACCGUCGGCACUGACAGUCGCGGCACGCAAGUCAAGGGGAAGAUGGAGAACAGAUGCGCGGACUUCAACCUCCUGCUGGCCACCGAUUCUUACAAGGUGACCCACUACAAGCAGUACCCACCCAACACCAGUAAGGUCUACUCCUACUUUGAGUGUCGUGAGAAGAAGACAAACUCCACUAAAGACAGGAAGGUCAAGUAUGACAAGACUGUCUUCUACGGCUUACAGUACAUUCUCCACAAGUACUUACAAGGAAAGGUCAUCACCCGAGAAAAGAUCCAGGAGGCCAAGGAGGUGUACAGAGAGCACUUCCAGGACGACGUGUUCAAUGAGAAAGGCUGGAACUACAUCCUUGAGAAGUACGACGGACACCUUCCCAUCGAGAUCAAAGCGGUGCCAGAGGGCUGCGUCAUCCCGCGUGGAAACGUGCUCUUCACCGUGGAGAACACGGACCCUGAGUGCUACUGGCUCACCAACUGGGUGGAGACAAUCCUGGUUCAGAUCUGGUACCCAAUCACAGUGGCCACAAACUCCAGGGAGCAGAAGAAGAUCCUGGCCAGGUAUCUGGUGGAAACCUCGGGGAACCUGGACGGCCUUGAGUACAAACUGCAUGACUUCGGCUACAGAGGGGUCUCCUCGCAGGAGACUGCUGGCAUCGGCGCAUCCGCACAUCUGGUGAACUUCAAGGGAACCGACACCGUCGCUGGCAUCUGUGUCAUCAAGAAGUACUACGGCACCAAGGACCCGGUGCCUGGCUUUUCUGUGCCAGCCGCGGAACACAGCACAAUCACUGCCUGGGGGAAGGACCAUGAGAAAGAUGCCUUCGAGCACAUCGUGAAGCAGUUCCCCUCAGUGCCCGUGUCUAUAGUCAGCGACAGCUAUGACAUCUACAACGCCUGUGAGAAGAUCUGGGGAGAGGACCUAAGGAGCCUUAUUGAGAGUCGGAGUGCAGAUGCUCCUCUGGUGGUCCGGCCAGACUCUGGAAACCCGCUGGACACGGUGCUGAAGGUUCUGGAGAUUUUAGGAAAGAAGUUUCUCCCAAGAGAGAACAUUAAGGGUUUUCAGGUCUUGCCACCCUACAUUCGUGUGAUCCAGGGGGAUGGAGUCGACAUCAACACCUUGCAGGAGAUUGUCGAGGGGAUGAAGAAGCACCGCUGGAGCAUCGAGAACAUCGCAUUCGGGUCGGGUGGCGCCCUGCUACAGAAGCUAACCCGAGACCUGCUGAACUGCUCCUUUAAGUGCAGCUACGUGGUGACCAACGGACAGGGGGUAAACGUGUUCAAAGACCCAGUGGCAGACCCCAAUAAAAGGUCAAAGAAAGGCCGUCUGUCCUUACACAGGACGCAAAGUGGGGACUUCGUCACUCUGGAGGAAGGGAAGGGCGACCUUGAAGAGUAUGGAGUGGACCUCCUGCACACGGUUUUCAGGAACGGCACGAUAUUAAAGACGUACUCCUUCGACGAGGUCCGGGAGAACGCCCGGCUGGUGGAGAGCGAGCUGCAGUAGCUGCUUCACUGAACUGUCAUGUGCACCUUAGAGGACCAUGGGAGUGGAGGAGGGACCGAAGCAGCGGCUCCAGAUUGGGCCCGUACGCUUGCAGAGUUUGAGAUUGCCUUUACUCUGUGUCCAGAGCUCUCUCUUGUGUUUCAGAUUUCUGAAUCUUUGGUAGGCUUCAGUGUAGUUUUAAGAGAGGAACAACAGAAGAUGGAUCGCUGCACUUAGAUGAUUUGUAUCACUGUAUGUAAAACCAAUCGUCCGAAUGACCAUGCAAAUUUUUGAAGGAAAUGAAAUGUUUAUUUCACUAUUAUUAAUGAAAGAUUCUAUAGACUUAAUCGUUGGGCUCUAAGGUAAUUGUUAAACGUCGCUGAUUUUGAGAAAUGUUUAUGCUGAAAGUAGACUACUCCAUACCCAAGACUUUUCUCCUUGCAGAAAAAGCUGAUGAAUAGAAAGUUUUUUUAGUGUUUAUUUUCUUUCUUUCGUUCUUUGAAGACUGCACAUUUUUUCUUUGUUGCCGUUUCAGAGGCCAUAUGCUGAUAUUAAGGUAGUUUAAAGUAGUAUUGGCUGUCUUCAAAAGCAGAGUAAACCCACUGCAUUCUCGGCAUCCGUACUGUAAGACAACUGCUUAUUUUGUACAAAGUACAAAUAUUUAAUACAUUUGUUUUCUAUAAUUUAGAAAACAUACUUCAGAAUGUCGCUUUUAUUAAAUUAUGAGAAACUGUAAUUAUUUUACCAGUGUUUGAUUUGACAAUUUUUUAUACUUUUACUUCACUACAGACUUUAGAAAUAUUUUUUUUUUUAUGAUGGGGAAACUUAUAAGUGAGUAUUUCUAUUAAGAAUGAUGUGGCCAAAGUUCCUUUCUCUUGUAUAUAAACCUGAAUCUCGAGGAAGGUGACAGGCUAGGAAGAAAUAGAGAAUAUAUAAUUAUUUUUUGUCAAAACCCAUUUUAUACAGAGAUAAAAAAAAAAACACCUGACCUCAGAUUGUGGUCUGAAUCUGCUUUUAGUUCCCAAGUCCAUAGUGUUGUGUGAAUGUUGUGAAUCGACCGAUAAUCUUUGUGAAGAAUUUAGCUUUUGUACCGUCUGUCUGAUGUCUGUCUCUUCAUUGCCUCCUUUCUCGGUUUUUAAGGUGUCACUGAUUGUACUGUUAGGCUGUUAAAUUAAUCACCAUCUGUAUGUGUCGAAUACCUUCCUUCAUGUAAAUCGGAGGUGCGUCCAUUCCACCUUUUUCUGUAAAAUAAUAAAAAUACAAAACAAUCUUAAA